AAAUUAACAAUUAUUUCUCGUUGGCUAAUGGUCUUCUUCUUAUACGGGUUAGUGAUUUGCGACUCGUGCUAAUAAUUCACUCUUUUUUCGUUAUUUAAAAUACCUAUUAAAAUGGCCAAAAGAAUUGUUCAGUCUUCUGUUAACUGGGCGGCAAUCGCUGAGCGUGCACCUGAAACCGAAAAAGCUGCGUUUUUAGCUUUUAAAGCUAAGUCUGAUGGAUAUCUGAGAAAAAUGUUAUCAGCACCGGCAGAGCCGCCGAAAAUCGAUUUUGCGAAAUACAAGAGUACAAUUGCUGUUGCCGGUUUGGUUGAUAACUUUGAAAAGCAAUAUAGUGCCGUUAAAAUACCAUACCCAGAAGAUAAAUACACUGCGGCGAUUAUCAACGAUGAGAAGAAAACGGUGCAAGAAAUUGAAAAGUUUAAGGUUCAAUCGGCGCAGAGCAUUAAGGAAGCAGAGUUGAGAAUCGAAGAAAUCGGCAAACUUUUGCCUUAUUCUCAAAUGACAUACGAAGAUGCCGCUUACAUUGAACCCGAUUUGACUAUAGACAUAGAUAACAAACCGUCAUUCUGGCCUCACACCGAAGAGGAUUACAUUUUUGAUGAACCAGAAGCGGCAGACAAUCAACAAAUCGGUGAACAGAAGAAAGUCGAUGCAGGUCACUAAAUUGUAACCAAUUGUUUAUUAGGUGUUCAUUCAGUUAUAAUAACGUGUUUUUCAUUAACUGUCUAUAGAAAAGUAUUUAUAAUAUAAAUUUAUGAUGAAUGUA